AUGGUCUCUGGCCUCACUCUAGCAGGACGUUUGCUCUCUCGCCAUGCAACGGUCUUGUCGGCACUCGAAGCAACCGCGGCCUCAUCAACGCUGCGUUGGCGAGCGAUUCAGACCCAUGCAGCUUUACUUGGACCCACACGCAGACCUAGACUACAGGUGAACCUCCGAAGCGCAUCCGCUGGUCCUACGACGUCAGGCAAGCGUUGGCUGGCUAGACAGAGCACCUCGCGCGAGUUUGUGAUCCCGGUGAUUGACUUUGGCGCGUUCGUACGAGCAGACGCCACCGAUGCGGAUCGAGCCAGGACGUCGCACGAGCUCACUCAGGCAUUCAAGUCGUCCGGAUUCGCCUAUCUUUGCAACCACGGCAUCUCUACCGAGCAGAUCGAAAACACGUUUCUCAAAUCAGCCGAGUUCUUCAAGCUGCCAAUCGUAAAAAAGGAGCAACUAGCAUGGAAAGAUCCACGUGCGAAUCGUGGCUAUGUUGCUCAAGGACGAGAGCGUGUGACCCAGGCAACCUCAGCUGAAGAGAUUGCGGCGCUGCGACAACAGACGCCGGACUACAAGGAGUCGCUCGAGAUCGGCAACGAUGACGAUCCUGUUUGGAAGAACGAAUGGCCGCAAGAAAGCGACGCACCCGAGUUCAAAGAUACAAUGCUCGCCUUUCAGACAGCCGCACACGAGCUUCACAUCAAGGUCAUGUCGUCAAUCGCCAUCGGAUUGGGACUUGAGGCUCACUUCUUUGAUGACAAGUGCGAUCAGGAAUGGCACACGUUGCGCCUGCUUCACUAUCCGAGCGUCAAAAUCGACAAGCUCAAGGUGCAAGGUUCGGCCCGGGCAGGCGAGCACAGCGACUAUGGCUCCAUCACACUCUUGUUCCAGGAUAGCGUAGGUGGGCUUGAGGCCAAAAACCCGAAUACGGGCAUGUACCAUGCAGCUGAUCCGAUUCCGGGCACGAUCGUGGUCAACGUGGGUGAUCUGUUGGCGCGUUGGUCGAAUGAUCAGCUGCGCUCGACACUGCACCGCGUCAAGGCGCCUCAGGCGCUAGACGCCAAGGCAGAGUACACACCUACGCGGUACUCGAUCGCCUUUUUCUGCAACCCCAACGAGAAACAGCUGAUCGAGGCGUUGCCCAACUUGAACGAGCGUCCCAAGUACGAGCGCAUCCUGACCAAACACUACCUUGCCAAGCGUCUGAGCGAGACAUACACAUGA